GUUUUCCCCGUCACAAGCGGAAUUAGUCAUCCAGUAAAUAAAGCUAAAAAAAAGUGUAAACACGCGGUACGCUUAUACCUUAUACCUCGAUUGUGACGCAUGGCCAGUUAUAAAGAAAAAAAAAGUAAAAUAAUUUAACUUAUCUCCACAAUCUUUCAGGUUUCACUUAUUUUUAACUAGAUUACAGUCAUAUAGAAUGCCUUGGGUCUAAAACUGACUGAAAUCGGGUACAUUUUUAUUGUAUUUACGACCGCUUCGGAUCGAGGUAUUCGGUAGCCGCACGCACGACGCUUUGGAGGCUUUGGUGGGAGAAAUGGCUGCAGCAGGAUUUCGACAGCAGCUCGCAAAUUUGGCGAUCACCGGAGGAUCGCCGAAAGACCAGGCAGAAAGGUAUAGGGCCGUGCUCGAGAGCAUUCUGAAAGGUACCUCAGAAGACCUCAUCGAAGGCUUGAAGGUGUUCGUCGAAGCAAUUGUGAACGAGAACGUGAGCCUGGUGAUCUCCCGUCAACUGCUGACGGAUGUGGGGAACCACCUUAACACCCUGCCGGAUGACGUCUCCAAGCUGGUGUCCCACUUCACCCUGGACAAGGUGCAGCCCAGGGUGGUCUCCUUCGAAGAGCAGGUUGCCAGCAUUCGUCAACAUCUAGCCGAGAUUUAUGUGAAGGAGCAGAGCUGGAGAGAGGCUGCCAGUGUCCUGGUUGGAAUUCCCCUGGAAACUGGACAAAAGCAGUACUCUGUGGACUACAAGCUGGAGACGUACCUGAAGAUAGCACGCCUCUACCUGGAGGACGAGGAUCCCGUCCAGGCGGAAGCCUACAUCAACAGGGCCUCCCUGCUCCAGGCAGAGACCAAGAACGACCAGCUGCACAUUUACUACAAGGUGUGCUAUGCCCGGGUGCUCGACUACAGGCGUAAGUUUAUCGAGGCAGCCCAGCGCUACAACGAGCUCUCCUACAAGUCCAUCAUUCACGAGGACGAGCGCAUGACGGCACUGAGGAACGCCCUCAUCUGCACCAUCCUUGCCUCUGCUGGCCAACAGCGCUCACGGAUGCUAGCUACUUUGUUCAAGGAUGAGAGGUGUCAACAGCUGCCUGCCUAUAACAUUCUGGAAAAAAUGUAUUUGGACCGCAUCAUUAGGAAGAGUGAACUUGAUGAUUUUUCAGCAUUACUGCAGUCCCAUCAGAAAGCAACCAUUGCUGAUGGGUCCACCAUCUUGGACAGGGCCGUGGUGGAACACAACCUGCUCUCGGCCAGCAAGCUCUACAACAACAUCACCUUUGAGGAGCUUGGGGCACUCUUGGAGAUCCCACCUGCAAAGGCAGAGAAAAUUGCUUCCCAGAUGAUCACCGAAGGCAGGAUGAAUGGCUACAUUGAUCAGAUUGACUCCAUCGUCCACUUCGAAAGCCGAGAGAUCCUUCCAUCGUGGAACCAGCAGAUUCAGAGCCUUUGCUUUCAAGUAAACAACAUCAUUGAAAAGAUUAGUGCCAAUGCCCCGGAGUGGAUGAGCCAAGCUCUGGAGGAUCAGAUGGUCUCCUGAACUGUAAAUAACAUGAGUGUGAGAAAUAAAUGUACUGGGAAUUUCUGUUCAUAAGGCAAA